AUGGCAGCGAGCAUCGAGGCAUCGCCGCCAGCGCCUCCAGUGCCGUCGAAACACGCCCCAAACGAGGCGCAUACCCCGAGCUGUCCGUCCUGUGGCAGUAGCAUAGAUAUGGCCGAGUUGCAAGACGCGAGGCAGAGGAUAGAGGAGCUCGAAGCGCAAAUGGAGCGCCUGAAGGAGAAGGCUACAGCAGCUGUCGACAGAUGCGCCGACUACGAAGACCAAAUCCGCAGCCUCCAAGCAACGCAAAACGCCCCUAAACUGCCCCGAACCCAAACCUCACAAUCCGAAGUCGUCACCGCAACCUCACGCCCCUCCGUCGACGCCGAUCCCCCACGUCCCACAACCGCAAACUCCACAAAGGCUUCCCGCUUCUCAUUCAUUACAAGCCGCUUCCCAUCGCCGGCAAAUACAGGGGGCAUGCCUCCGCCUCCACCACCGAAAGACCCGUCCCACGCACCACCGGUCGACUACACCCUCCUCAACGAGCUCGAGCGCGAGCGUGCCCUACGCGCCAAGGCGGAAGCACGUGUCCAGACUGUAGACUCCGAGAUUGAAGAGCUGAGCGUGCAAUUGUUUAGUCAGGCCAACGAGAUGGUUGCGGAAGAGCGACGGGCAAGAGCUAAGCUGGAAGAAAGAGUCGAGACUUUAGAACGCAGGGACAGAGAGAAGAUGGGCAGGCUGGAUCGCUUGGAGAAGGCUGUGACAAGAGUGGAGAGAGUUAAGGCGCUGCUGGGUGAGAAGGAAGAUCUGAAGAGAGAGUCGGUUAGCAGCGGGUUGUUGUCACCACCGACUAGGAGGUGA